CAAAAUCUAACAGCUCACAAAGUCACAAACACAACACACAAAGUCAGAAAUCUCCGGACUUAGACCUUGUCAUCUGGGUCCCACCACCCCUCACUUCAGAUCAUACGGCGCAGAUCUCGUACAUCAUCUCAUUCAUAAUCACCAUCAUCAUAGGGUUUUCACGAACCUACCCACGUAGUAAUACUACAUAUCCAUCUCACCUUCAAAAUUCACUGCCUCUCUUUUCUUAUUUUUUCACAGUGCAGUCUCAGCUGCCCCUCUCAAGAAACCGAAGCCUCAUUUCCUCUCUCUCUCUUCCUCACGCGCCGCCUUCUGCGGCGGUCUCCGACCAUUUAGUCCCACCCCUCCAUACCCUUCCCUCUCCUCACCUUAUCGUCAAAAAAACAAAAAAAAAAAAACAAAAAUUUAUUUGGUCUUUGAGGUCUUUCGUCGAACACUUUGUGUGCGUCUAAACUUUUUGUAUUUUUCCGGCUUCGUUUUUCGUUGUGUGUUUCUUGCUAGGGUUUUGGUUGCAAUAACUAGAGGAGAGGGAAGAGAAAAAAGAACAAAAAAAUUAAAAAAAAUCAAAAAACGAUUUUGGAAUAUUUAAUUUGAAAAAAGAAAGAGAAAAUACACAAUUUUGAAAAUGGCACAGGUACAAGCUCCGCCUCAGAAUGCGAUCCCUGGUGCGAACGGUGCCGGCGGCGCCAACCAGUUCGUGACGACGUCGCUGUACGUCGGAGAUCUUGAACAGAACGUCACCGAUUCGCAGCUGUACGACCUGUUUAACCAUCUGGGUCAGGUGGUUUCCGUUAGGGUUUGCAGGGACUUGAGCACUCGGCGAUCGCUCGGUUAUGGCUAUGUCAACUAUAGCAACCCUCAGGACGCUGCAAGGGCAUUGGAACUCCUGAACUUCACUCCCCUGAAUGGAAAGCCCAUUAGGAUUAUGUAUUCUCAUCGUGACCCUAGUAUUCGCAAAAGUGGGGCUGGAAACAUUUUUAUUAAGAAUUUGGAUAAGGCAAUUGACCACAAAGCAUUACAUGAUACAUUUUCUGCAUUUGGGAACAUUCUCUCUUGCAAGGUAGCAACUGACUCCUCUGGCCAGUCAAAAGGCUAUGGAUUUGUGCAAUUCGAUAAUGACGAAGCUGCCCAAAAAGCUAUAGAGAAGUUGAAUGGUAUGCUAUUGAAUGAUAAGCAAGUUUUUGUUGGACCCUUCCUCCGCAAGCAGGAAAGAGAAACUGCCACUGACAAGACAAGAUUCAACAAUGUUUUUGUAAAGAAUCUCUCUGAAUUGACAACUGAAGAAGAUUUGAACAGAAUUUUUGGAGAAUUUGGAACUCUCACCAGUUUUGUGGUGAUGAGGGAUGCAGAUGGGAAAUCUAAGUGCUUUGGUUUUAUCAACUUUGAGAAUGCAGAUGAUGCCGCUAGGGCCGUAGAGUCUCUUAAUGGGAGGAAAGUUGAUGAUAAGGAGUGGUAUGUUGGGAAGGCACAGAAGAAGUCUGAAAGGGAAGUUGAGUUAAAAAUUCGAUUUGAACAGAGUAUGAAAGAGGCUGCAGACAAAUAUCAAGGGGCAAACUUGUAUGUUAAAAAUUUAGAUGACAGCAUUGGUGAUGAUAGACUUAAGGAGCUUUUCUCUCAGUUUGGUUCCAUUACUUCAUGCAAGGUUAUGCGAGACCCUAAUGGAAUAAGUAGAGGAUCUGGGUUUGUUGCAUUCUCUACUCCUGAAGAGGCAUCUAGAGCUCUAUCGGAGAUGAAUGGCAAAAUGGUUGUGAGCAAACCUUUGUAUGUUGCACUUGCACAACGAAAAGAGGAUAGAAGAGCUAGGUUGCAGGCUCAAUUUUCUCAAAUGCGGCCAAUGGCAAUGGCACCUUCAGUUGCUCCUCGUAUGCAAAUGUACCCCCCCGGUGGUCCAGGCCUUGGACAACAAAUAUUCUAUGGCCAGGCCCCUCCUGCUAUCAUUCCUUCCCAGCCUGGAUUUGGGUAUCAGCAGCAACUUGUUCCUGGUAUGAGACCUGGUGGGGCUCCAAUGCCAAAUUUCUUUGUGUCAAUGCUUCCACAGGGACAGCAAGCGCAGCGCCCUGGUGGCAGGCGUGCUGGGGGUGUGCAGCAAACCCAGCAGCCAGUUCCACUAAUGCAGCAGCAGAUGCUUCCAAGGGGGCGAGUCUACCGUUAUCCUCCUGGGCGUGGCCUGCCUGAUGUUCCCAUGCCUGCUGUUGGUAGCGGCAUGUUUUCUGUUCCAUAUGAUAUGGGUGUUGGGCCGAUGCGUGAUGCAUCACCGCUGUCUCAGCCAAUCCCUAUAGGGGCUUUGGCUACUGCCCUUGCAAAUGCUACUCCAGAGCAGCAGAGAACGAUGCUGGGUGAGAAUCUCUAUCCACUUGUGGAACAGCUGGAGCCUGACAAUGCAGCUAAGGUAACUGGUAUGCUUCUGGAGAUGGAUCAGACUGAGGUGUUGCAUUUGCUUGAGUCACCAGAAGCUCUGAAAGCAAAGGUGGCCGAGGCUAUGGAGGUUUUGAGGAAUGUUCAGCAGCAACAAGCUGGCAAUGCAGCUGAUCAGUUGGCCUCAUUGUCACUUGGUGACAACCUUGUUUCCUAAGAACAUCGAGUGUGCUCUUGCACCUCUUGAAAUGGUUUGAAACUAUUUUAGGUGUGCCUUUGAUUCAGUUCAAAAGUGAUGAGUGCCUUAAGUAGGAUAGGUUGGUUUUGGUUUGCACUGUUGAGCUUUUUCUUUGGGUAAAUUAUAUUUGGUAAGGUUGAAGAUUGUGACCUUUAUGCUUUAAUUUUCAAAGAUCCUUAGAUCGGUGCUUGAAUUU